AUGCCGAUCGGGCCGACACUGCCUCCGCACCUGGCGAAAAGAAGCCGCGACGACGAUGAAGAUGGCGCCUCCAGCCCAGAUUCGAGCGACAAGCGGCGUAGAGUAGCUGGCCCAGCACCUCCGCCCGCCGCAAAAUCACCUCGGCGCGCUGUUGGACCCUCACUGCCACCACAUCUCGCGUCGCGAUCGAGUAGCGAAGACAGCGAUGAUGGACCGGCGCCUCCCCAAGCUCCGAAGCCUGCACGUGUUGUCGGUCCUGCACCUCCACCAGCGUCUCUAGCCGAACGACCACCCAAUCCCCCAUCAGACGAUUCAGAUAGCAGCGACGAUGAUUUCGGGCCCGCACCGCCGCCUGCUGGUGGACUGUCUUCUAGCUACGGCGACGACGACAUGCCUGGAAAAUCAGCCUUCGAUACCAAUCCACAAUUCACCGAGGAGCCCAAGAAAGCGCAGCGCGAUGACUGGAUGACGAUGCCACCCACGCAAGACGACCUCGCAGCACGCCUGGAUCCGACCAAAGCACGCCCCAAGAAGUUCAACACAGGAAAGAGCGCGGGCGGAGGCGGAGGCAUGAGCAGUGCAUGGACAGAAACGCCCGAGCAGAAGCUUAAGCGUUUACAGGACGAAGCCAUGGGUAUCACGACGCCAGCGAAUGCGCCAGCAGCGGCACACGAGUCGAAGAAGAGCAAGGAGGAGGAGAGGAGGGCGCGCAAGAUGCGCGAAAAGAUCGAUGCGGCGCGCGGGAAGAGCUUGGUUGAGCAGCACGCAGAGAAGGGCACUGGAAAGGAGAAGGAAGACGAUCCCAGCAAGCGCGCGUUCGACUAUGAAAAGGAUAUGGCUGUCAUUGGCACGGCGAACAAUAAGCAGCGACGAGAGCUACUUAGCAAGUCCAAGGGCUUCAGCGAUCGAUUCGCGAGCGGUAGUUUUCUAUAA